AUGUGCUCGGGGUGCUUUGGGAUGAAGGUCCCAACACCGUGUGAGGUGUUUAGCCACCUGCUGCCACCGAGGUGGAGGAGGAACCUCAGGGGGACGGGGAAGGUGUCCCCAGCUGCAGCACAGCGAGGAGACACCCAGGUCCCUUGCAGCCGCCCUUUGGGCUGGCCGUGCGAUGCCCGGGGCGGGCUGAGCCCCCCGGAGGGCUCCGUUCCCGUUCCCCUCUCCUCGAGUCCUGCCCCGAGGGGGAGCACCGGCCCUGCGGGCGGGGAUGCGGGAAAUCCCAGCGCCAGCAACGGGGCCCUUCCCUGCGGGGACGAUGCUCGCUCCCUCCCUCCCGCCCGCCGGGGCCGCGCAUCCCGGCCGGGGCGGUGCCGGUUCCUGGGGCGGUGCCGGUUCCUGGGGCGGUGCCGGUUCCUGGGGCGGUGCCGCCGGUGGAGCUCGGGGCGGUCCCGCUCCGGGGCGGGGCUCUGGGCGGUGCCGGUCCCUGUCCCGGGGCGGUGCCGGUGCCCGGGGCGGUGCCGGUGCCCGGGGCGGUGCCGGUGCCCGGGGCGGCCGGGGCGGGCCCCAGGGCCGGGCGAGGCGGAGCCGUCGAACAGAGCGGCCGAUGCCCAUGGGAGCCGGGGCCGGGCUGCGGGCCGGUGGAUGCCCAUGGCUCUCAGCCCGGGGCUACUGUUGGUGGCCGGUUCCUUCGCCGCUUUCCGCCUGCUGAACCGGGGGCUGGAGCGGCUGGUGCCUCCGCCGCCCUCGGCCCGGCGCAACCGCUGGAAGUGGCGGAACAUCUGGACGUCGCUGGCGCACAGCGUGCUCAGCGGUGCCGGGGCCCUGGCCGGGUUCUUCCUCCACCCCGAGCUGUCUGAGGACCUGGUGGACACACACCCACCCGGGGCACACAGCCUGGUCGCCGUGUCUGUAGGUUAUUUCCUUCAAGACUUUGUGGAUUUGUUGUGCAAUCAGAAACUUCGCCAGUCCUGGGAGCUGCUCUUCCAUCACUCUGUGGUGAUCAUCUGCUUCGGCAUCGCCGUGCUGCUCCAUCAGUACGUUGGCUUUGCCCUGGUGGCUUUGCUGGUGGAGAUCAACUCCAUCUUCCUCCACGUCAGGCAGAUCCUGCUGAUGGCCAACCUGGUGCACACCAGGUGCUACCACCUCAACAGCCUCCUCAACCUGGGCACCUACCUGGUGUUCCGCAUGGCCACGCUGGCCUGGAUGACCCGCUGGCUCUACCUCAACCGGGAGAACGUGCCCCCGGGGGCCUACGCCGUGGGCACGGUGGGCAUGGCAAUCAUGACCCCCAUGAACAUCAUCCUCUUCUACCGCCUGCUGCGCAGCGACUUCUUCAGGGCCAGCCGGGAUGUGGAGCAGGAGAAGAAGCAAUGAGCCCCGUUUCCCUCCAGGGAUGAGCAGCCCGUGGAGGAGGAGGGCACGUGGAGAGGGAGUGUGGCUGUCCCUGGUGCCUCCCGUGGAGGGUCUGCACUAACAGAGCACCCAGGCUUUUCUGUGGCUGCAGAUCCCGGGCUCUGCGCGGCAGGGACGGGGCUCGUGGAGCUGGCACUGGGGCUCUGCUCCCCCUGGCACCUUUGCGGGGUGUGGUUGGACAACUGGGAACUGCUGGGAGAAACCUGGCAUCUCCCAGGGCACCGCUGCGAGGAGAAGGGAGCAGCAGAGCAGCUUCCCCACUGCUCCUCCCGACACCCAAACACCAGCGUGUGGCUUUGACCCCUCCAGCUCCACACCCCACAGCACCCUCAGCCAGGGGACACUGCACAGCCUCUGUGGCACUUCCCAUGGCAGCACCAGCAGGCCAGGGAGGCUCCAAGGCUUUGCCCUCGAGGCCAGGGAGAGUAAAAAGCCAAAUCCUGCACUCAUGAGUCCUCCCCAAGGAGAUUGUCCCAGGUGGGUGAUGGAGGGAGAGGCUGAGACCUGUCUGGGUGGGAUGCUGGGCUUGGGGACAGGCUGCUGCCUUCUCCUGGCAACUGGGGCUUUUCCCUUGUUGUUUUGCUCCCAGAUGCAUGAAGUGCCCAUCAAUGAGAGCAGGAGGGGGAGUUGCUGGCCAGGAUGAUGCUGUGGGAUGGUCACUUCCCACAGAGGAGUUUAGAUAGGCCAGGUUUGGGCAUCUCUUGGGAAUGAGAAGCCCUGCUGCAGGUCCCAGGGUAACGUGCUCACCCAGCAGCAAGAGCUCUUACUAACAUGAGCUUUUAAUAAAUGGCUGCAAAUGAAAUGGCUGGAGGGGAAGGAGUUUAGAGGAGGAAAAAGGGGCUCAGCCUCCCAGCCUGCUCCAGGGGUGUCACUGCUUCUAGUCCUGCAUCUCCCCAACAGGGAGUAAAAAUCACAGCACAGUUCUGGUUGGA